AUGGGUGUGGAGGGGAAGCAGAGAAGGCACCGAGAUGUUUUUAAAUCAACUAGGGAGGAACACAGCGAUUCCUUCGCUAAACUUGUCGCCUGCUUUCCUGCCCGCCACCCCGGGUGUGGGCGAGCCUCACUCCCGCCCCGGGGGCGCGCGUGCGGCCCGGGCCCCGGGCUCCGGCAGGACGGGACGACGCCGGCUCCUUCCGCUCCGCGAGCCGCGCUCCUCGCAGGGCGGGCCGGGGCGGGGAAAGGGGAGCACGGCGCGAACAGCCGAGGGCCGCCCGGGGCGGUUUUAUUGUUUCCUUUCGCCCUCCUCCUCCCGCGGCCCGGCCCCGGCGUCACUGGGAAGCCGCCCGAGCGGCCCGGCGGCGGGUUAUUUAUAGAGCGGGCUGCGCGCGCGUCACGGAGCCCGGCCCGGCUGACUGGGCCGCUGACGCGCUUGGCCGAGGGGCCGGGGCCGUGGGGCUGCGCGCCGGGCGCCGGCGACAAUGGGCUUCUGUGUGUGCAGCUGCCACCGCCGCCGCCGCCGGGGGCUGGGGGAGGGCAGCGAGCGGCCGCUCCCCGACUCCCCUACCUCUCGGCCGCGACCCCCCGAAAGGUAACAGGCCUCUUUUGCCCCCCGGCCAGGACCCGAGCCUCACGGGCUUUUUUUUUUUUUUUCCCCUAUUGUAGCAGUAAGUUCCCUUUGCCCCAAGCUCCGCUUCUACUCCCCCCGUUUCCCCCCAACCCCAACAUGACGAGAGAGGGGGACCUAUCCGGCCGCCGGGGGCGACCACUCUGUGCGCCCCGGGGAGCGGGACCCACACCGGGCGCGCCCAGCAGGGGAUGCGGUGACCGAGGGGCCGGGAGCGCCGGGCAGCUGCCGGGAGCUGGGAAAGCUUGCUCCGGAGCCUCUCGCACGUGGCAGGCAGGCAGAGAACUUGCUGUGUCUUCUAGGAAAUUACAAGCGAUUUGUAAUGCACUUUCGCUAAUUGGGAGUUCAAAAUUAAACUUUAAUAAAGCAUUUGUGUCGUCUCGUCUAAUUGUGAAAGCUUCCAUCCGUCCUGGUAGAUAGGCUCUAAGUCUCAAGUUAAUGGCGCUAAGCUAGAUUUCCCCCCCAAGUACAAUGCCGU